AUGUAUUUCUUGCUACCACUCCCAGCAGCUUUCGAUCUACUGGCAACUUUCGUUGCCAACAUCGGUCUUCUAUACGUGACCGUUAGUGUUUUUCAGCUCAUGAAGUGCACAGUCAUCAUCUUCGUGGCGCUACUGAAAGUAUUUGUGCUCAAAGACCGACUACGCAGCUACAUGUGGAUCGGUAUCGGUCUCAACAUGUUAGCAGCGUUAAUGGUGGGCGCUACAAGUCUCGCAGACUCCGACAGUCAAGAUAACAAUUCGGCCAAUCAACAUCCAGCAUUCGGCGUAUUUAUGGUGGUACUUAGCUGCGCGAUCCAAGCCGUACAAUACGUUCUCGAAGAGAAACUCAUGGACGAAGGCGACAGUGCACCGCCCCUAGUGGUCGUGGGUAUGGAAGGCGUUUGGGGUUUAAUACUGACGUCGUUCGUAGUGUACCCAAUUGCGUAUUUGGUCCCGGGCAACGAUUUGGGUUCACACGAGAGAUUCGACGACGCGUAUCAGAUGCUGAUGAACAGUGGCUUGGCUCAGAUGGCUGUACUCAUUUAUUUACUGGUGAUUAUGGGCUACAACGUGUUCGCCGUGUCGGUCACGUAUCUUUUGAACUCAAUUUGGCACGCAAUUCUGGACAAUUUCCGUCCAAUUACAGUCUGGGCCACAGAUUUGCUGCUGUUCUAUUUUUUUACGCAAGGAGAAUUUGGUGAACGGUGGACAAUUUGGAGUUGGCUACAACUUGUUGGUAUGCUGACGUUGUUAGCGGGCACGGCCGUGUACAACGGUACUCUGCGUCUUCCGGGCUUCGUGUACUUGGAGCCAUUGGACGAAGCGAUGACUCCGAUCCGAACGCCAGAGGCUCUUACUGCGUCUGCGUUCUCACGUUCGCCGCUGAUUACGCGCAACGCUAUGAAGGCUGCAGAGAUUGCUCGUCGGACGCCAAAUCCCAAUGACCGCGACCGUGUGAGACGCGAAUUCAUGACUGAGUAUCAACCACUGGCCGAUUCCGAGUCUCGACGACGCAUUGACCCAGCUGGACACACGUACGGAUCGCUUGAAACUUAA